CUGUUUAUAUUUUAAGACGACUGGUACAUCCAGGUUCUGAACAAGAGAAGGAUCAUAUAUUUAGGGAGCAACCUUUAAGUGGACGAUACAAUUUUCAACUGCAAUAAAGAAGAUUUUUAUUUUGAUGCCAGGGUACUUAAUUAUGAAGCUCCUAUUGUAAAUCAAGAUGGAAUUUUCCAAAACCAUAAGGCGAACCCAAAUUCCUGAACAAUGCACUUUUUGUGAAACAGAUGCAAACGUUAACUGGAAAUGCUUACAAUGCAAUACACUUAUGUGCGAACAUUGUAAAAUAAUUCAUUUGAAACUUCAAACCUCAAUUACCCAUGACAUUAAUUAUGUCAAAAGAUCAGAAGCUAAAAUAGAAAAGGAACACACCACUAUAACUGACAAUAUUCCAUGUAAUAUUCACAGGAGCAAGUUGAAUUGCAUGUUUUGCAGAACAUGUGACUACUUAGUGUGUCCAGAGUGUAUAACUGCUUCCCAUAAAAAACAUGACUUGGAUUCAGUUGAUUUAGUGUACAAUGAAAGAAUGAACAAACUCAAAGAAUUAGCAUCAGGAUUUUCUAAAGCAUUCACACUUUGUGAAAUAGAAGACAGUAAAGUUAAAAGAUUUUAAAACAAAAUACAACAAAUGUUUUAAUGAAUCUGUUCAAAAGAUUUAUCAACAAGAACAGAUGAUCGAAGAUGAAGUCAGUAAAUAUCAUGAAUAUGCUAAAGCACUUCGAGAUCAACUGGAAAACGAAAAGAAAAGAAUCGAAAAUUCAAUAACAUAUAAAGAAAGGCAAAACGAGAACAUUAAGGAAACUUUGCUGAAUAAGCAAAGUAAAAUACAGGAAGUUUUAGAAUCAAAUCACGCAAAACAAGUGUUAAAGUUCAGUGCACAUUCAGAAUGUAGUGCAAAAGAUAUUCCAGAUCUAUCAUUCAGGGAAUUUCUUAAGCAGACCAAAGAGUUCAUUCCUAUAAAAUUGAAGACCGCUACCAACUUUUUUGGAUCUCUUCAUAAAACCAAACUACCAAAAGGAUUGCCACAAGUAAACUUAUACGUAAUCAAGAGUUAUACUACAGAUCAGAAAAUGGUGUAUAGAGUGUUGAUGAUAGACGACACGACAGCUUGUAUUUCUAAUCACAUGACAACUUUUCUGCAUAAAAUUAACAUUGAUGACACUAUCAAAGCGGUAAAGGAUAUGUCAGUUAAUGUUAAUGAUAUGUCAAUCACAAGCAGUAAUGAUGUUCUUCUGUCUUUGUCUGACGGUUUUGAUGUCUGUCUGUUAACAACAAAGACAGGAGAAAUAAAACCUUUCCUUUCUGUUCCAUCAAUGAUACCACUUGGUAUACAUUUCACUAAACAAAAUGAGGUUAUACUUGGUGUCAGGGAGAGAUGGGGUGUUAAUUACAACCUAACAGACAAAAGUUGUAGGAAAAUUAUAAUCUUUGGGAUGGAUGGGAAACAAAAACAAUCAUAUGAGUAUGAUAAAAAUAAACAGAGACUAUUUACUUUCCCAGCUAAAAUUAAAUCUAAUGUUAACAGAGAUAUACUGGUUAUAGACAAAACAUCUUAUAAAACUGGUAAGGUGGUGGUUCUGGAUAGGGAGGGACAGAUUAAGUGGACCUAUCAGGGAAAUCCUCAGAUUAAUUCAGGGGAUAAACUGUUUAAUCCUACAGAUAUAGUAACAACAUCAGUAGGUCUGGUUAUAGUGUCUGAUGUUAUCAACCAUGCCUUACAUAUCCUAUCAAGGGAGGGAGAUUUACUGAUAUACAAAAUAAUGAAGGAUCAGGGAAUUACUUAUCCAGUGUCACUGAAUAUUGAUACCAAAGGACAGCUAUGGGUGGGAUGCUAUUCUGGAAAUGAACAAAGAACAGAUGCCAAACUACAUGUUGUGAAGAUGUCAUUAAAUCCAAAUUGAAUUAAUGAAAUCAUCAAUGCAUAUUUCAAUUUCUGAUAAAACAAUUAAGUUGUGUUUACAUAUAUGUCUGAGUAUUUGUGUGGCAUUGGUACAUAUCAUAAAAUUACUCCAAUGCAAGUGGCUUAUUUUCUAAUUUGAUUGGUGUAUAAAGGAGCUUAUAAAUUAAAUAAGAAUCAAUAUUUUUACCCAAAGUUAAGUAAAGGAAAUGAAGGGAAGAAGUUUGGAAGUGGAUGAUUGAAACUGUUUGGGAAUGGGGAUAUAUAGCUUUUGACAUGGAAAGUAAUGAAGGGUCAAUAAAUUAUUCAUCCAUUCACGAUGAAUAAUAGCACCAGUGGACAGUAAUCGGUGGGGUGUGAUUCUAUUAGGUGUGAAACGAUUAGAUGAUUCUAAUCUUUAUGUAAUUUAUAUAAUGUCUUUUUAAAAUAAACAGUAUAUCAGAUCAGAACAAAGUGCAUAGAGUGCUAAUACUAGACAGCAAGACAGCUUAUAUCUAUAAUUCUAGUCAAUCUGAUUAAGAUUCUGAUCCAUAUUAACUCGCAUA